AUGCCCGCCGUCAGGAAGAAGACGAAGAAGCAGCGGCGCGAGAAACGACAACUCGACACUGCAAGACGGAUACUCGAGGAAGAGGCCCUGUCGACACUAACACCGCCCUUGCCAGCCAUGGAUCCCCAAGCAAAGCGCAACAUUGUCAUCGUCGGUGGCGGCAUCAUCGGUUCCACAACGGCCUACUUCCUCACAAGACACCCGAAAUACAACCCUGCCCUCCAUCGCAUCACAAUCCUCGAGGCCACUGCCAUCGCCUCAGGCGCCUCUGGCAAAGCGGGCGGCCUACUCGCCCUCUGGGCCUACCCGUCUUGCCUCGUUCCACUCUCCUACCGCCUGCACAAGGAGCUCGCCGCGGAGCACGGCGGCGAGAAGAGAUGGGGCUACCGGCGCGUCAAUUGCGGCAGCUUCGAGGCCCGCGUCACGAAGCAGACGCUCGAGAACAUUAAACAAGCUGCCGUGAAACCUGAGGCUGCCGUGCCUGGCGCCAACGAAGGCGAGCAGGAAAAGGGGUGGGAAAGGCUGCCGAAGCAGGACGAGGCCGCCGAGGCCAUGUUGCGAGAUUCGGGCGGCGUCGUGCCGGGGGACCUCGACUGGAUCGAUCGGGCCGCUGUCGAGACGUACGCCGAGAUGGGCAGGCCCGGAGCGACGGAGACGGCGCAGGUGCAUCCCUACGACUUCACCACGUCCAUGGCGGCGCUGGCGCAGGAAAAGGGCGUCGAGGUGCGGACCAACGCGCAGCUGAAGAGGAUUAUCUCCGGUGAGAGCGCAGGCGGUGGCGGCGGCGGCGGCGGCGGCGGCGGCGGCGUCAAGAGCGUCGAGUACCUUGAUCGCGAGUCCAACGAGACCCGGACGAUCGACGACGUGACGGACGUCCUAGUGUCCGCGGGGCCGUGGACCGGUCGCCUGCUGCCGCGGUCUAAAGUCACGGGCCUGCGGGCCCACAGUGUCGUCUACAACGCCGACGUGAGCCCCUACGCCGUCUUCACCAGCAUCAGGCUCCCGGCCGACUUUGUGCCGGAGCACCGGGUCAGCAAAGGACAAAAAAGAAAACACAAGCGCGUCGUCGACCCGGAGAUUUAUGCGCGGCCGUAUGGCGAGGUGUAUGCAUGUGGCGAACCAGAUGAAGACGCACCCCUCCCAGACACAGCAGACAAGGUCCAAGUAGACGAAGCCAACUGCGACGACAUCAUCUCGUACAUCGCCACCGUCAGCCCCGCCCUGGCAGCCGCCUCCGUCAAGGCGAAGCAGGCGUGCUACCUGCCCCAACACGAGUCUGGCCCCCUCAUCGGCGCGACAUCGGUCCCGGGCCUAUGGCUCGCGGCCGGCCACACGUGCUGGGGCAUCCAGAACGGUCCCGCGACGGGAAAACUCAUGUCCGAGUAUAUACUCGACGGCAAGACGGCCAGCGCCGAUAUCUCGGAGCUGGAUCCGAGGCGGUAUAGAGUCUAG